GGUGAGGUAUUGACACUUUGAAUAAGGGUAUGUUUAAACGUGGAAACCCGACCGACUGACAAAGGUGAUAUCAACUCUUCCAUGACAUAGAGCCACACCACGGUUCAGCAACAGGAAUGUUGCUACGAAUGCGAGUGGUCAUUGUUCAACAGACCGUUGACGUGGGCGUGUCUACAGAGUUCUUUUAAUUUCGAAAUAACUCUGUAGACGAACAGGCUGCUUCUGCCGACCGGAUUAUGGAGAUCACGAGAACUACCAGCGUUGAGGUCUAUUCAGUGAAAGAAUAGCCUCAAAAACGCGAAAUGACGUCACAAACCUCUGUCAUACUCUGACGCGUUACCUCGACAUCCGUCAUGACCGUAGGCACCGAAACUUCCCGAAGUUCUUCAGGGAAACGAAUCGUCAGAUUUACUGUUAUGUACGGUAAAAUAAUACGAUUUUCGUAGGUGUUAUUAAAUUAAAAAGCCUGCUGUAAACGACAACUAAAAAUUUCUGAAAUAACUAGUGUAACACCAGUAGAAAUCAGGUUGCUUUCUUUGCAUCUUUUUAGGAGUCGUCAGUACUUCAUGAGUUUAUCAGGUGCAAAUCGUUUGUAGGGUUUUAAAAUUCAGUUUAAAUCGGGUUUUCAGUGAAAAAAAGAAUACACGAGAGUUCUUCAGUUGUGCAUGAGAAAAAUCAAUUUUUGUCUUGCUUACCCCAAAUUGUUCGCUGAAUUGAUCUCUUUUACAAUUUAAAGAGUUUGAGGUAUUAUUUACAGUAUUACAAAUGUUGUGUGCGGAAGUUAGGAUGAUCAUCUUUGGUGUCACUGGUCCCCCUAAAGCAGGGAUCUUUUGUUCCUGACCUAACAAUUAUCCCUAAUCCUUGGUUUGUUUUAAUUUCAUGACUUUCAUGUUAACGAAUUGGCUUUCAUACUAUCAAAACAUGCAUCAUUAUGAUUGUUGACGUGAAUUAUUUGUAUUUUAGUUAGAAAGUGACAUGCCAAUGUUUACUCUAAGUAUACAUUUAUCGACUGAUUUUUUUGUUGUGUUUACAGUGAACACUUCUUAUUCUGUUGUAGGAACGCAUAAUUUGAAGAAUGAAAGAUCUAACUGGUUGUGUAUGUCUUGUUACGGGAGCUACUCGUGGCAUUGGUAAAGGCAUAGCAGUAUCAUUAGGAAAGUCUGGAGCCACAGUGUAUUUAACUGGACGAACAUCAGUGCCGCUUAAUGGCGGAAUUGGCGGUAGUCUCCAGGAAACGUCAAAUAUCAUCAAUAACUUUGGUGGUAAAGCUAUUCCUGUUAUGGUUGAUCAUUCUAAUGAAAAUGAAAUAGAAAAUCUAUUUCAUCAGAUUGAUCGUGAACAAAAAGGUCGCUUAGAUAUCGUAGUUAACAAUGCAUAUAGUGCUGUAACAUUUUUACAGAAAAAUAUGGGGAAACCGUAUUAUGAAAUUACAGACAUAUCUCCAGGUGAAGUUUGGGAUGUUGUUAAUGAUACUGGUCUAAAGAAUCACUAUAUUUGUUCUGUUUUGGCUACUCGAAUGAUGAUUGAAUACCAGAAAAAAACAAAUUCAAGUUCAACCCGACCUGGUUUAAUCGUAAAUAUCACUUCUGUCGGUGGAAAAAUCUACCUUUUUAGCGUGUCCUAUGGAAGUGGUAAAGCAGCACUAGAUCGCAUAACUCAUGAUAUGGCGCUCGAAUUAAGAAGGGAAAAUGUUAACAUUUCGAUUGUCGGAAUUUCUCCUGGAUUAGUUCGUACAGAGCAUAUUCUUGACGCUGCUUCUAAAGGUUCUCUCACAAUGAAUAUAGAAAACAGUCAAUCUCCCGAGUUAGUUGGUCGCGUAGUAGUAGGUAUGGCUGCUGAAUCACCUAAGAAACUACUUUCUCGGUCAGGUCAUAUAUUCCUUGUUAGUGAUUUAGCUGAGGAAUACGGUAUACACGAAGAUUGUGGUCGAGAAAUCGUAAACGUGGUCUGA